UAGAUUUCUAAGUAUAAAAAUUCGAUAGGCGCAAUGCAAAUUACGAAGAAGCCUUGAUUAGCGCGAUUAAAGCAACGUAAAAGAAUAGACGAUAAAUAUUACAAAGUAUCAGGAACUACUGUGAAUACAACGAAUAAAUGAUUGCAGCUAUGCGGUCAGAAAUCUGCGGUUUUAUUAUUAACUAUAAUUACGGUUAUGCGCUCGCAUUAAAGCUUCCACAAUAACCGUGCUUCCAUUUCUACUUUUAAAAGAUGCAAUCGGGAACGUGGUGUAUAAAACCCGGCGAUGCUGUAACGUCGAGUUAUUUUAGUUUUGAACACUAGAGGAUUAGGACGAUCUGCCAAUGAUUCGAAAGGUAUUAUUAUUAGCAAUGAUGCUGAUAGGAAUUCGAGGUGAACCUCAAGGACCUUCUUAUCUUCCUCCCAGCGUAUCUCGUCCUCCUGGUACACCUGGCGGAACAGGACAUCCAGAUGAAUGGGCUGGGGAUCCAGCAAAUUACGAGUUUUCGUAUGAAGUGCAGGAUGCUGUUGCUGGUUUAGAUUUUGGUCAUCGUGAAAAUCGAAAGGAUCAGGAAGCAACUGGUACAUAUCACGUUCUUCUUCCCGAUGGUAGAACACAAAUAGUUGAUUACGUUGCUGAUAACGCUGGUUAUCGACCAAAUGUACGAUACGAAGGAACAGCAACUUAUCCAGCACCGUCACCAUCUGCUGGUGCUGGCGGGGAUGAUGGUUAUAGAUAUUAAAUAAUAUAAGUAUGAGAGAGAAGAUCUUGUUAAAAUACUUCGAAUUUUAUUUAAAUAAAAAUUAAUUUUUUAUUCAUUGAUACAUCAAAUUGAAGUUUGUGGUAUCACGUUGAUGGUAUCAGCAAUUUAAAAAUAAUAUUGUAAAAAUUGCUUACAAAAAU